UAGGAUUGCUCGGCAUUCAUUGGCUGAUUGCAUGACUCCGUCAUCACGUUUUCGUGCGUAGCUGCCUCCUGAAGCCUAGCAGAUCCAGCAAAAUAGAAGAUGUUGGUCCUGGUGUUAGGUGACCUGCACAUCCCCCACCGAUGCAACACCCUACCAGCCAAGUUCAAGAAGCUGCUGGUGCCAGGCAAAAUCCAGCACAUCCUCUGUACAGGCAACCUUUGCACCAAGGAGAGCUAUGACUACCUGAAGACCCUGGCUGGGGAUGUACACAUCGUCAGGGGAGAUUUUGAUGAGAACCUGAACUACCCUGAGCAGAAGGUGGUAACGGUGGGUCAGUUUAAGAUUGGCCUGAUCCAUGGGCACCAGGUGAUCCCCUGGGGGGACAUGGCAAGCCUGGCCCUGCUGCAGAGGCAGCUUGACGUCGACAUCCUCAUCUCUGGACACACGCACAAGUUUGAGGCCUUCGAAAACGAGAACAAGUUCUACAUCAACCCCGGCUCAGCAACUGGAGCCUACAACGCACUGGAAAGCAACAUCAUCCCAUCCUUUGUAUUGAUGGACAUCCAAGCAUCCACAGUGGUGACGUACGUCUACCAGCUCAUCGGAGAUGAUGUCAAAGUGGAGAGGAUUGAGUACAAGAAAUCCUAAAACCAGGGCUGAAGUAGGGGUUUCUGUCAUUCACCAGGUGUAUCAUUUCAUUCCUUUCUACCUGCAGCUCCAACUACGUCACCACCAGUGCUUGACUUGGGCAGGAGCUCACCGGAGCUGAGUACCGGCACCUCAAAUGUGCUGCUACUUGAGCUCCUGUUCCUCUUAUAGAAUAUUAGCUCCAAAGUAUUGUGGAGCUCCUGCACCUGAAUAUAAACAGUACCUGCACCCAAAAUGAGUACUGGAACCUAUUUCAGUCCAAGUCAAGCACUGGUCACCACAAUGCUAAUGCUGUACCAUAACUGUUUGCUCACAAGGAAAUGUAUAAUAUCGUUUAUAUUUCAUCAGCAUUUGCUUGUGUUCGACCCACCAUCUGGUGUCUGUAGAGAAUGCAAUAAGGUCACAUGAGUUUGCAUAAUGUCAUUAAAAUAAAUAUUUGGUGCCACUUUUUUUAUUUUACGUAUUGUCAUGUAAAAUGUCCUGUAAGUACGUGUAACUCCAUUGCCUUUAUUUUCGUGUAGUGGGCCUUCUCACUCAUUUCCCCCACAAUAAAAAUCCUAUUUCACUUUCA